CAUAUUUUUUCAUUUCUCAUCAUUCUCAAAUGUGGAUUGAAUUUAAAGGAUUUACAGGUUAGAUAUAAGCAAGUUGUGAUAAAGAAAAGAGCUAGUGAUCUGUUGACAACUGGUACUUAUCAAAUAUCGAAACUUUUUAACCACGAUAUCCUUUUUUAUCAAAAAUGGAAAGUUUUAAUUGAGUUUAGGUUGUUGAAAAUGGCAUAAACAAUUUCAUAAGCUUCCUCUUGACGGUUCUAGUAUUCUUUCAAUACAUUAUCAGUUGAUUAACUCUUAGUGAUCUUUAUACUGCUUGGGCAUCCUACAAUAGGAGCUAGAGGAUUUUGAAGCUUGGUAUGGUGGUCAAUUACCUUUUGUGGAAAGGAUUUGAAGUAUUGUGAGUUUAUGAAAAGAUUUUUCUAGUGCACACAUGUGACAGUCGAUCAGCAUGAUUUCGGCUGGGAUCAUGGAUUAGGCAGGCUUUUAUAGUUUCUCCAAUUCUUUGUUUCCUAAAAUUUAUAAAGACUAGAUGGAUUACAUAGCUUUUGCCUAAGCUUGGAAAUUUCUGUGUUAUAGACUUUGCAGUUGGUGACGUGAUGAAAAUGUGCACUUACUAACUCAACUUAUGACGAAAUAGCUUACUGCAGAGUUUAAUUUAAUUAAGUGUUCAUUUUUUUGUUAAAGUAUAGUUUGUAUUCUGUGUGAUUUUAAUUCGUGGAUCAUGGAAGUUGAAUUUCCUCAAAAGGUGAAGAGUACAGCCUUAAGAAAUAUUAUGCAAUGCCAUAAUUGCUAAUAUAUAAUAGAAACAUUAAGACAGAUUGAAGGAGGAUGAAAUGUCAAUGUUUGUUCUCCUAUAAGCAUUUAGGUUAUGUUUUCUUUAAUCCUAUAUAUGGUAAUAAAAAUCUGUAUAAGGUAAAUGAUCGAUUCCACUAUUUUUGUUUCGGGAAGUAUUAAACUAAGUUCAUGAAUCAUGAGGCUGCAACCUUAACUAAUCCUUUUGACUAUGGUAAGGAUGACUGAGGCUUUUUAAGGUGAAUUUUGUUUGGAAAUAUAUGGGAGACUAAUAAUGAAAUUCCUCCUCAUCUAAGAAAUGCUGCUGCUAAUCUUUUUUUACCCCCAGAAAUAUCUGUGUCUCGCCUUCAGAGAUGCUGAUGCAUUCAUCUUCAGUGUCUUAGCUUUGAGAAACUUUUGUUACAAUGAGAUUAGUACCUCUCAGACAGUAAUUAGAAUCUGUAGAGUAUAUGUGUCCGAUUCAAACUCUCAUUUAUUUUCCUCUCUAAGCCACAUGUUCAUUGUACAUAGACAAUGAUGAAAAAAAAAGAAAGACGAAAAAAGGAAAGUACUUUUUCUCCCACGACAAAACACCCCCGUCCUUCCUUGUUAACCGGUGGGUUAGUCGAAACUGUUCCACCGAUAGUCUGCACCAAGAGAGAAUCCAUGAAGGAAAAGGAUUUCAAAUUGAUGAAAAGAAAAGAUCUACAAGCCCUCUGCAAGAAAGAGGGUAUCCCGGCAAACACCAGCAACUCCAAGAUGGCUGAAGCCCUUUAUUUGGCUCGAUGGAGGCCUUGGGGUGAUCUCCCAAGGGAGAUACUUGAUCUCUUUCUGGAGGAGCUUAGCUUUGGGGAUCACGUGCGGUUUGGAGCAGUUUGCAAGUCUUGGAGAUCAGCCUCCAGAGACAAACCCCACCGUCUUGCAAUCAAGUGGCCAUGGCUGGUGUUUCCUCAGCUCCCACUUGAAGAUAGCCUCAGCAUCUACAGCCCAAUGGAGGCUUAUAUCCAUCAACUUAACAUAAUCAUGUCUCCAGGUUUUGAAUGCUUAGGCCAUUCAAUGGGAUGGUUAAUAAUAUACCAUAUAGCAGAGGGAUACUAUAUUCUUAACCCAUUGAAUAAUCAAACCCUCGAACUCCCUUCUUUACAUCGUGAUUUUUUCUCUUCAGAUCAAGAAAUUUCUGAUAGUGCUUCUGAAUUUAGCAAUGACCACCAUUUUCCAAUGCUAGAGUACAGAAACCUGCAUAACGAUUCUGGGACGGACAGUGACACAGAUUCUGAUAAUGAGAUCAAUAAUGGUUCCGAAAUCAAUGAUUACAAACUUUUCCGAAGAGGUAUUGUGUUUGAUAUACCUUAUUCUCUAGGAGUAGCUGCUCAAUCUGAAUAUGGCGGGUUAUACAUGUGUAGACCGGGAGAUGAUGAGUGGUUAAUUUUGAUUGAGAACUUCUAUGGAGCAUUUAUAUGCUAUAGGGGGUCGUUAUAUUGUGUAGGUUUGGGCACAUGGCGCAAUGUAGUUAUGUGUUACUACUUUGACAUAGAGCCCAAACUACUUUGGAGAAAAACCAUUGAACUGCCUGAAAUAUGCACUAAUAAUGCUUCUCAAACUUAUUUGGUUGAAUCUAAUUUAGGGGGCUUGCUCCUUAUAUUGAGAAAGGUUGAUGAAGUUGAUGAUGGAAAGGCCAAUUUAGUCACCACUGGAUUUCACGUGUUCAGGCUUGAUCACUCCGCUAAUAAGUGGAUACGGAUACAGACAUUACAUGAUGAAGUUAUUUUUGUAAGCUCUUUUGGUGAGUCCUGCGCAAGGACUACCACUAUUGGCAAUUCUUCUGGGUAUAAAGCAAACCAUAUCUACUUCACGGAUAUGAAAUCAGGCACUCUCUUGCAUGAUGAUGACUCUGAUCGACAUUACGAUCAGGGCAUCUUUUCUUUAGCAGAUGGAGGGAUCACGGAAUGGUCUCUGAUUGGCUCUUACUCUCCACUCAACGUUCCCUUUUGGUUUUUUCCGAAAGUUUAACCAUGCUGCAAGAUUAAAAAGUGGACGUGAAGCGUAAGAUUAAUAUGUCCAAGAAGCGUAUGAUGAGUUUCUUAAAUUGAAACAUGUAUAAAGUUCAGGUUAAAUCAAAUAGCUCCUGGAUGUGGAAGCAGAUUCUAAAAACCAGAGAUGUUUUGAUUGCUAAACUUGGCAACAUAAAUAACCUGAUUGCUAUCAUUGGCAAGUCAUGUGUAGGUGAUAAAGUUCAGGUUUCUUCUGUGUACAGUUUUUUGGUGCAACCUGCACAGCAAGUACACUGGGCUAAUACAGUUUGGAAUAAUAUUCAUUAUCCCAAACAUUCUUUCAUCCUAUGGUUAGCUGUUCAAUCAAGGUUGAUUACUCAAGAUAGGCUAUGUCAGAUGGGUAUUCUUAAUGCAAAUCAAUGUGUGCUGUGUACAAAUUUUCAGGAAACCUGUCACCAUCUAUUCUUUGAAUGCCAAUAUUCAUCCACUGUAUGGAACAUGGUGAUGGUUUGGAUGAAUUUCAGCUGGAAAUCAUGCAUAUGGGAUAGUAUCAUACACUGGUUCAGCCUCAGGCUCAAUAAGAGGGGGUUUGUGGAAAAUUUAAAGAGACUGACCUUUGGUAUAACAGUGUACUUCAUAUGGCAAGAGAGGAAUCUUAGGAUUUUCCAGGGGAAAUCUAUGCAACCUGAAAUGUUGUUCAAAGCUAUUAAGAUCUCUUUUUUCUCGAAGAUCAUGAAUGAAAAAUAUCCCGCUCACUUAGAGGAGAGAAUUAGAGAAUUGUAAGAUUGUUGUAUAUAAGCUCUUUGUGUAUGCACUAUGAGUGCUGAGGUUCUCAGCUAUAGCUGAUGGUGAUAUUGUACAAAAUUCUCAAUUGGAAAAUGAAUUAAAAUUUUCAUUGACCAAAAAAAAAUAAAUUGAAACAUGUAUUACAUAAUUGAGUAGACGAUCAAUAACUGUAUCCAUAUAUGCGACGAGAGUCCAUGAAGUUUCAGUGCGGGUAUGGGUGUAGGUACGUGUUGGGUACGGGUUCGUCUUCAGAUACGGGUACAGGUACGUUUUCAGAAAGAAAAAGGCAGUAGUACCCAGGUAACAUAGAUUCAUAGAGAUAUCUUUACUGAUUUGACCUCAUUAAAGAGGAGCCAGAGGAAUUGUAUACAUAAAUGGUGUUUGGUUACCAUUUGGUAAAGAAAUUUUCAGGGCAAUGUGAUUUUCAACUGCUUGUUGAUCAGAAAAAUUUCAGCCUGGAAUAUGAAUUGGUCAAAACUUUUCUUCGCUUCUAAAUUUCCACCUUAUUUCAGAGGCUUGGAUUAUUUAGGUUUUGAUUCCUGCAUUUUAGGUAUGGGUGGGAAAUCAAAUAGUUUCUCUAAUUUUAGUUAGAUUAAACUUGUGUGGCAUUUUGAUUAUGGAAGUCGAAGGCUCUUUAAGAUACACUGGUUAGCUACUAGUGAGAAAUUUCUGACAUAGAAUGUGUCGCAAAAAUGUAAUGUGGUUUGGUGGGCUAUUAUAAAUCUUCUUUCACUUGAUGAUUGAAAAAAAAAAGGAAGUUCUUGUCAAUAUUAACCUUCAUUGCAUGUUCGAGUUAACCUCUAGUAACAAUUUUAUUUCAUAGAUUAGUUUUGAAGACUGAUUCCAGAUAUUUCAGGAAUGCAGAAGCAGAUUCUUCACUGCAGUCUUUAUUCUCUCUUUGUCAUUUCUGAGAACUUUCUGUUUCUGCAAUUCAUGUAACUCUCUCUUUUAUGCAAUUUUUUGUCGGGUUCUAUAUAUGGUAACAGUAAGUCAUAGAAGGUAAAGAGAUGAAGUGUAUUCUUUAGUUUUAACUUUUGAGUAUUUUAAGCCGAAGUUCAUGAUGCUGCAACCUGAAACUCAUUCUUUUGAUAUUAAGCAGGAACGAGGCCGUCACAAAUAUGAUGUCUGGAGAUCUUUUUGAAGGUCAACGAAGAAAUUCCUUCUCGAAAAAAAAACAACUGAUGCAACAAAUUUGGGCUUCUUGUUCGUAGGAAAAAAAAAGAGUUAAAAUGUGUGAAAAUGUCUCUGCAGAAAAUGUUUAACCUGAAUAUGGGGAGUAUGUAUGUUUGUGACUCUGGAAUGUAUGUCGUGGUUCUUCUUGAAAUUAUAGCUUUGUCUAGCACUUCUGAGUUA